AUGGGGUGCAAGGCUGUGAGCUUCGGACUGUCUUGUCUUCUCUUUGCUUAUUACAUCUACACACCCAUCCCCCAAAACAUUGAGGAACGCUGGAAAGUCGGGAUCAUAGAUGCUAUCGUGAAAAUUAUCUCACUCACGGGUACAUUGUUUGAAAGCAUAGGACUUAUGACGUGCGAAGAAUGGUUUUUCACAAUAAUGAGACUGGAUGUUACAAAACCAAUUUCAGAUGAAAACGUUACGGUCCUCGAUACAGCCUUUGGAGACAUUCCGGUACGCCUGUACUUGCCAAAAAGGAAGUCGGAAAAGCAGAGACCAGCGGUGAUUUUUCUCCACGGUGGUGCAUUUGUCUUGGGAACUUGCAAGCUGUCGGCUUAUGAUUCCACGAACAGAUGGACGGCUAACAAACUCGGUGCUGUUGUUGUCGGAGCAGACUAUAGACUAGCUCCUCAGUACCAGUUCCCAGUUUCCCUGGAAGACGCCAUUUUUGUGGUCAAGUUCUUUCUUCAAGAUGACAUUCUUGCAAACUAUGGAGUGGAUCCCACCCGAAUCUGUAUUUCAGGAGACAGUUCUGGGGGUGUGUUGGCAACAAAAGUGACUGAGCUGCUGCAGAAUGAUCCAGAAUUCAAAAAUAAAAUUAAGGCACAAGCCUUAAUUUACCCUGGCUUACAGAUACUUGAUACCUUCAUGCCGUCUCACCAGGAAAACAAACACGGGCCGAUUCUGUCCAGGGACCUGGCAAUUAAAUUGGGCUGCCAGUAUUUGACCAAAGAUAAGGCUCUGCCCCAGGCCAUGAGGGAAAACCAGCACAUGCCCCGAGAGUCCAGGCAUCUGUUUAAAUUUGUUAACUGGAGUGUCCUCCUUCCAGAGAAGUAUAAAAAGAACCACGUGUACAAGGAGCCAGUUCUUGGAAAGCUUGACCCUUCAUAUCCAAUUCUAAUGGACAGCAGGGUGUCACCUCUGAUAGCCGAUGAUUCUCAGCUGCAGAACUUGCCCUUGACCUACAUCCUCACUUGUGAGCAUGACAUCCUGAGAGAUGACGGGAUCAUCUAUGUCACCCGGCUGCGCAAGGUCGGAGUUCAGGUCACUCACGACCACAUAGAGGACGGAUUCCAUGGAGCCCUGUCACUCAUAAUGUCACCGUUUCAUUUACGUUUAGGCUAUCGGAUACAGAACAAGUAUAUUAGUUGGUUAGAAGAAAAUCUGUAA